UUUCUUAUUUAUGCCUGCCUGCUGCUUUUUUCUGUGUUGCUCUCUUUACGUCUGGAUGACAAAAUUCAAUGGAGUUACUGGGCCGUGUUUGCUCCCAUAUGGCUGUGGAAGUUAAUGGUGAUUGUUGGUGCCUCAGUGGGAACAGGAGUAUGGGCCCGAAACCCACAGUAUCGAGCAGAAGGAGAAACCUGUGUGGAGUUCAAAGCUAUGUUAAUUGCGGUAGGGAUCCACCUGCUGCUGCUGAUGUUUGAAGUUCUGGUGUGUGACAGGAUCGAAAGAGGAACCCAUUUCUGGCUUCUGGUCUUCAUGCCGUUGUUCUUUGUAUCUCCAGUGUCAGUUGCAGCUUGUGUGUGGGGAUUCCGACACGACAGGUCUCUGGAGCUGGAAAUCUUGUGUUCAGUCAAUAUUCUACAGUUCAUAUUUAUUGCACUCAGACUAGACGAGAUCAUCAGAUGGCCGUGGCUUGUUGUUUGUGUUCCACUGUGGAUCUUGAUGUCCUUUCUGUGUCUAGUAGUGCUCUAUUACAUUGUGUGGUCUGUUCUAUUCUUGCGCUCUAUGGAUGUGAUUGCUGAGCAGAGGAGGACGCACAUAACAAUGGCUGUCAGCUGGAUGACAAUUGUAGUUCCACUGCUCACAUUUGAGAUCUUACUAGUACACAGACUGGAUGGGCAUAAUUCUUUUUCUUUUAUACCCAUAUUUGUUCCUCUCUGGCUUUCACUGAUAACUUUAAUGGCAACAACAUUUGGACAAAAAGGAGGGAAUCACUGGUGGUUUGGAAUUCGCAAAGACUUUUGCCAGUUCCUGCUUGAAAUUUUCCCAUUCUUACGAGAAUAUGGAAAUAUUUCUUAUGAUCUUCAUCAUGAAGAUAAUGAGGAAACGGAAGAAACGCCACUGCCUGAACCACCAAAAAUUGCACCAAUGUUUCGAAAAAAGACUGGAGUGGUCAUUACACAGAGUCCUGGAAAAUACGUGAUUCCACCUCCUAAGUUAAACAUCGAUAUGCCAGAUUAAGAUGACAGUAGCAUGUUAAACUUGAACUGGGAAUCAGCA